AAAAAUAAACAAAAAGUUCCCCCAAAACAAAAGGGGUGACUACGUAUGGAUCACCGUGAGGAUGGGUUUAUCUAGUUUGUAGGGUGAAGGCCAAACUUUGCGAACCCCUUGCGAUAGAACGGUCGUUGUGGAAGGGCGAUGCUGAAGAAAUCCUAGGAGUGCUGGAUUCCAAAUCCAAGGAGGACGGAAAUUUAUAGGCUGACCAGUUGCAUAUAGCAAACACAGAGAACGUGCACUGCGAUUUGGUCUUCAUCAUUAGUGUUAGAACUUUCGAAAGAGAAGAUGGAUCGAGGAGGAAACGGAUGGUCGCUGUCUUCGUGUACUUACGGGUAUACCCUGGCGGUCAUAGUGAUCAUACUGACAUGUCAUUUGCUGAACUCUCGCCUUCCAUUUGCCUUGUCUUUCCUAUCCGUCCUCUUCGGAUUUAGAGAACGAUCUGCUGCGAAUCCACAUGCCGAAUCCAAUGGUCAUCCUGAUGUCUCUCCCUCUGCUCCUUCUGAAGUAAGGAUCACUGCAGUGGUAUCUGAUCUAGAUCUGAAGAAUUUGAUUGACGUCGUAAAUAAUAAAUUUCAAGCUAAUGAGAAAUGGGAAGAUGUCAUUAACCGGAGAACAGAUCGUUUUUCCUACUGUGCACGGUGUUGUAAACUGAAGGAUGAGCCUCUUAAAUAUCUAAGUGUCACUGUAUUUGAAAAUUGCUCUGUUGAGAUGCUAAGAGAUUUUUACAUGGACAAUGAUUUCCGGAAAUUUUGGGACAAAACCUUGAUUGAGCAUAAGCAGUUGCAGGUGGAUUCAAGCAGCGGAACUGAAAUUGGACUCAUGAUAAAGAAGUUUCCACUAUUGACUCCCAGAGAGUACAUAUUAGCUUGGAGAGUGUGGGAAGGCAAUGACGGAUCCUUCUACUGUUUUACCAAGGAAUGUGAAUAUCCUUUGGCACAAAGAAAGAAGAAGUAUGUCAGGGUUAGGCUCUUUAGAUCUGGUUGGAGAAUCAAGAAAAUUUCUGGUAGGAAUGCCUGUGAGAUUCAAAUGGUACACCAAGAAGAUGCUGGUCUUAACGUUGAAAUGGCAAAACUAGCCUUUGCAAAAGGCAUAUGGAGCUAUGUUUGUAAAAUGGAUGAUGCACUUCGCCAAUACAAAGCAGUUGACCACCAUUCUCAAUUGACUUCAGGUGUGACUGCCGUCACGUUAAUUCAAAAGGUUCCACUUGGGUUAGACACCGUAGACCACACAAGGGGACUAAUCAAUCCAGAAAUCUGCACAAGUAGUGACUAUUGCGGUGGAGUGUCACAUGAAUGCAAUGCUAGGGAACGAAGAAAUGAGCCAUCAAGCAAUCUGGUGCCAAAUAUUCUAAUGCUCCUGGGUGGUGCAAUCUGCAUGUCUAGAGGGCUCUCUAACUUGGGAUCAAAGGUUGCCAUGGCAUGUAUCCUGAGUAAGCUUGUGAAACUCAAUGGCAUGAGAAGCAAAAACUUACAGAGAUUUAGCCAGAUAGAGGUUCAGACACGCGAAGAAUGUACGAUGAUAAGUGAAGAUGAGCUUCAGUGCGACUACUCAAGUGUCACCUCUUGAGUAGGAAUGCAGCUGUGCAUGUUUAUGUGGUUUCAAGAAACAUAUGUUAGUUAUUUUUUUAAAAAAAAAAAAUUCUCCAAUUACCCCUUUCCAAUUGAAACAUGAAUGUGGAUUGGACGAUUCUAUCGCUCUAAUCUUCAUUGUUAUCAGAAGCUUUUAAGCCAGUGUCAUUUAAUUAUAAGUGUUAUGUCAUUUUAUUGGAUGAUUAACUAUGCUCUAUUAUGCUAAAAUUAUAAUGUUGGAUUUAAUAUAAAUUUUUUUAGUAUCAUAAAUGUA